CAAAACAAACAUAUCCCCUUUUCUUUUCCAUCAUCCAAAAAGUAAACCAACCCAUAAAAAGCCAACUCACAAACAACUCAAAACAUUCUUUCUUCCUUUAAACUAAGGACAGCUCCAGACAAAGCAGGUGAAAUAUUUGUUCUUGAGAGGACAUCAGCCAUUGCUUUUUUUUCUCUUGACUUUUUUUGCUUAUUUUCCCCAUUUAUGGAUACUACACAAUGGACUCAGGAUAUUGGACUUGUAACAUCUAUGGCUGCAGAAAUAGAUCCUCCUAAUGUUACAUGUUCAAGGCCAUCUUCUACACUGGAAAAAAAAGUCAGACCACAAAAAGAUCAAGCCGUAAAUUGUCCGAGGUGCAGUUCAACAAAUACCAAGUUUUGUUACUACAACAACUAUAGUCUUACUCAACCAAGAUACUUCUGCAAGACUUGUCGAAGGUAUUGGACAGAAGGGGGCACUUUAAGAAAUGUUCCGGUCGGAGGAGGUUCAAGGAAGAAUAGAAGAUCUUCUUCUUCAUUAUCAUCAUCGUCGUCGUCGUCACAAAAGCUUCCUGAUUCGAACCCUAAUCCAAGUCUUUCUCAUCAAAACCCUAAUUAUAAGAUUAAUCUUGGAAAUAGCCAAGAUUUUAAUAUAGGGCUCCCAUCUAUUAUACAUGAUCACAAUUAUUUCCAUGGUGUGCCGGAUUUUCUUGAAUUUCCUAAGAUGGACAGGGGCAAUAAUGGAAAUAAUCAGCCCUUAAGUUCAACCUCAAGUACUACUCCAACUUCAACAAUGGAUUUGCUUAGGACUGGAAUUGCCUCAAGAGGGUUAACUUCAUUUAUCUCAACACCAACACCGGAUUUAAACGCUUUGUACACAUCAAGUUUUUUAAGUGGAAUUCAAGAAAAUAAUGCAAAAAUGAUGUUCCCAUUCGGUUUCUUGAAUAAGCAAUUGUCGGGUACAAGUGUUGAAGCUGAAAAUUAUAAUCAGAGUAAGGGGCAAGAGAAUUCAAGUGCUGGAUAUUGGAAUGGAAUGUUAGGUGGAGGAUCCUGGUGAAUAAACGACAUUAUGAAAAAAUCUAAACUGUAUAAUUCUUUUUUCCAUUUUAAUAUUUUUCUAUCUUUUGACAUGCUUUGAUCAUUAAUUUGUUUGGUGAUGCUUGGAGCUAAUUAGAUAAAAGAUAGAUCUGGUUUCAAUUGUGCUUCUCUUUACUCUUUCAUCACUUGAACAUAUGGAAUUGUUAA